AUGAGCUACUUCUUGGUGCAUAACAGGUCUCACGGUGAUGGAGUGCUGUCUCAGUACCAGCGCUUGCGUUUGGAUCGUCGGAUGUGUGACGUGGUUCUGGAAGCUGAGGGUCUUCAGUUCCCAGCUCACCGUACUCUGCUGGCCUGCUCCAGUGACUACUUUUGGUCCAUGUUCCAGGAGCACAAUCUAGAAUCUGGGGAGCAUACAAUUAGCCUGCCAGCCCUUUCCUCCAGUGGACUGGAGCAAGUGCUGGACUUUAUCUACACCUCAUGGAUUUCACUGUGUCCAUCCACACUGGAGGACACCUUGGAGGCUGCCUGCUACCUGCAGGUAACUCACGCUGUGGAUCUUUGCAUGCAGUACAUGUCAGAUAAUCUCAAUCUGGAAAACUGCUGUUUUUUUGCCAAUGUGGCCGCCCGCUAUGGCCUCUCUGAUGCUCUGACGGCUGCUAACCGCUACAUUUCAAAGAACUUGGGUCAGCUGCUAAGAACAGAAGGUGACAAGGCUGGGCUAAUGGAGCUUAACCUGGACACUCUUCAGGGAGUGCUGGGAGCUGAGGACAUCCCAGGGGUAAAGGAGGUGACCCUGCUACAGCUAGCUCUGGACUGGCUGGAACAUAACCCACUGCCAGCCCUGUGCAGUAACUCUCUACUGAGCCGUAUUCGUUUUGGACUUGUGCCUCCAGAAGAGCUGUCUCGCCUGAUCUCGAAGCCUGCCCUAUGCACGCCCUUCAUCCGUAGUCUGGUGCUGAAAGCCUUGCAGUACCACGGACAGGGUCCACUCCAACCCCUGCUGCAGAACAACCACACCAGCUUGCGCUCCACCACCAGUCGAGUCUUGCUGGUGGGGGGAGGAGCCGAGGCAGACCGACCCAACCAACUGAUCCAGACUUUUGACAUGCGCAGCAGGAAGAUCCGCCCCCUGUCUACUGCGUUGCCCAACAAGCUUCAGUAUCAAGGGGUUUGUGUGGUGGGCAACUUCCUGUUUGUGCUGGGUGGGGAGGUGGUGGAGGUGGAUACGCACAAUGGGAAGACAGCAGUUAUGACAGUUACUGACCAGGUAUGGCGUUACGACCCCCGCUUUAACCAAUGGGAGGAGAUGGAACCACUGCUCCAAAAAAGGGCACAGUUAGCCUGCUGCGUGGUAGAUGGAGUGAUUUAUGCUGUCGGGGGACGUGCCCAAAGAGGCGAUCCCGCCUUGUGCUCAGUGGAAAGAUACAACAUGAGGGCAGGGUGCUGGCGAAGUGGUGUGUCUCUACCCAACGCCAUACACGGGCAUGCCUGCGCCACAAUGGGGACGGGCAUUUACAUCUCUGGAGGUAGGCUUGGAGAUCAGACAGAGAACAGUAAGGAAAUGUUCUAUCUAAACAGCUUUAAAGGCGAAGCUUGGGAGAAGCAGGCCCCCAUGUCCAUUGCCCGUUUUGGUCACCAAAUGGCCACAGUUGGCGAAUGUAUCUACUCCUUCCUGGGGAUGUAUGAACCAUUCUGUGACAUUGAACGUUAUGACCCCAAACAAAACCAGUGGACACGCCUGAGGCCUCUUCUCAACGAUCGAUUCUGCUACGGCCUGAUAGCCACCGGGGCAGGAAGGGUGCUAAUGUUUGGUGGAAGAAAGUGGCAGGACGGUCAGGAAGUGAGCACUUCCAACGUGCUGGAGUACGAUCCUGAAUACGACAACUGGAGGGAAUUGUGUAAACUCCCCACACCUCUAUGUGACACACACUGUGUUCUCAUGACUGUUCAAGAUCCAACAGAGACGUAG